AUGGCAUUUCUUACGGUUCCAAAUGGUACAAAAUGGAAAGUCAAGUUGACAAAACGUGAUGGAGAGGUUUGUUUUCAAAAUGGUUGGUGCAAAUUUGCAAGCUAUCAUGCUCUAAACCCGGGGCACUUGCUAGUUUUCAAAUAUGAAGGAAAUUCACACUUUUAUGUACUCAUAUUUGAUACCACUGCAACAGAAAUAGACUAUCCCUUAGAUGACCAACAAGAAGUUCACAGGAUGGAAGACAUUGAGAGUGAUGAUAACUCUCUUGAAAUCAUGGAUGGCUUUAUGCCAAGCCAAAAAAGAAGGGAGAAAUCACCAUUACCAUGCCCUCUACCUCAUAAGAGGGCAAAAACCAAUCCGAGAAGUUCUAAUUUGCAAGCAGGAGGAGGGGAUACACAUUUUAGACCUGAACUCACUAAAUAUAAAGGGUCAAUGUUAGAGAAGUCAAAAAUGAAUGCAGGAGUAUCUUUUACUAGGCGAGAAUCUAAAGCAGAAGAAUGCAGUGGAGCUACGAAGAGAUGCCCAAAAUCUGAGGUUAUUGAGAGGACAUUGUCUGCCAGAGAGAAAGAUAGAGCUUUUCAGAGAGUUAGAGCUUUUGAAUCUAAGAAUCCUUUUUUCAAGGUUGUCAUGCAGCCAUCAUAUGUUUACCCUAGGAAUUCAUUGGUAAGCUUCCAGUUCAAAAAUUUGCAGGCUCAAACAUUUGUGAACUUCACUUUUUAG